CCAAAAAACCUCAUCAACUGCGCUACUCUCACUGGGCUAUGAGUCCCACCGUCAAACUGGGCUUUCCUCAACCUGCUCAUUCUCUGGUUCUGCCCACAUUAACUUCCAAAAACAAAACUCAAAAUUCAACUUUAACUCUAUCAUCUCCAACAACCCAGAAACCAAAUGGAACAUAUGGAAGCAAAUUUCCCAGUUCAAUUGGUAUUAAUGAAACUCAGCCAAAGUCUCAAAUUCAACCCUUAAUUGAUAUCCUACAUGGUUGUGAGGACAUGGGGUCUGUAAAACAAGCAAAGGCUGUUCAUGGGUUUGUGUUAAAAUCUGAGCUUUCGGACCGAAACUUGCUGGUAGUGUUAAAUCAUCUAGCUCAUGCCUAUUCGAAAUGCUCGGAUUUUGGCACAGCUCGUCGAGUGUUUGAUGAAAUGUCAUGUAGGAACAUAUUCUCUUGGACAGUCAUGAUUGUUGGGUCGACUGAAAGCGGCUUCUUUCUCGAUGGAUUUAAGUUCUUUUCCGAGAUGGUGAACAGUGGAAUUUUACCAGACAAGUUCGCCUAUUCCGCAAUUGUCCAGACAUGCAUUGGUUUAGAUUGUAUUGUAUUGGGCAAAAUGGUGCAUGCCCAGGUUUUUGUAAGAGGCUUUGCAUCUGAUACUUUUGUAAGUACAUCUCUCCUUAACAUGUAUGCAAAGUUCGGAAAGAUUGAGGAUUCAUGUAAGAUGUUUAAUACUAUGACAGAACAUAAUAAAGUCUCCUGGAAUGCAAUGAUUUCAGGGUUGACAUCAAAUGGUCUUCAUUUUGAAGCAUUUGAUCAUUUUCUAAGAAUGAAGAAAGAAGGAAUUACACCAAAUAUGUAUACACUCAUCAGUGUCUCAAAAGCAGUCGGGAAGUUAGGUGAUGUUAACAAGAGCAAAGUGGUUCACAGUUAUGCUUCUGAAUUGGGAAUGGAGUCUAGUGUUCAAGUGGGAACCGCUCUCAUUGGUAUGUACUCCAAAUGCAAGUCUUUGUCUGAUGCAAGAUCUGUUUUUGACUUGAAUUUCACCAGCUGUGGAGUCAAUCCACCAUGGAAUGCAAUGAUUUCUGGCUAUUCACAAUGUGGUCACAGCCAAAAAGCGAUGGAGCUCUUUGUGAAAAUGUGCCUGAAAAAUAUACAACCAGACAUUUACACUUACUGCAGUGUGUUCAAUGCAAUAGCAGAGUUAAAAUGUUUGCAAUUUGGAAAGCAAAUUCAUGGGAUGGUUUUAAAGUCGGGGAUAGAAAUGAAGGUUACAAGUGUCUCCAAUGCAAUUGCUGAUGCAUAUGCCAAAUGUGGGUUGCUGGAAGACGUACAGAAGGUCUUUGACAGGAUAGAAGAGAGAGAUUUAGUGUCUUGGACAACACUGGUGACUGCUUACUCUCAAGGUUCUGAAUGGGAGGAUGCACUGACAAUCUUCUCAAAAUUGAGGGAAGAAGGCUUUAUGCCGAAUCAGUUUACCUUUUCUAGUGUGCUUGUUGCAUGUGCCAGCCUUUGUUUACUUGAGUAUGGUCAACAAGUCCAUGGCCUCCUUUGCAAGGCUGGCUUGGACACUGAAAAGUGUAUAGAAAGUGCCCUAAUCGAUAUGUAUGCCAAAUGUGGUAAUAUAGCUGAGGCACAAGAGGUCUUUGAGAGGAUUUCUGAGCCAGAUACAAUUUCGUGGACUGCUAUUAUAUCAGGAUAUGCUCAACAUGGGCUUGUGGAGGAUGCCCUUGAACUCUUUAAGAGAAUGGAGCAGAUAGGUGCGAAGGCCAAUGAUGUUACCUUAUUGUGUGUUCUGUUUGCAUGCAGCCACCGUGGUAUGGUAGAAGAAGGUCUCUAUCAUUUUUAUGUAAUGGAAAAAUUGUACGGUGUGGUGCCAAAGAUGGAACAUUAUGCUUGUAUUGUUGAUCUCUUAGGUCGUGUGGGCCGUCUUAAUGAUGCAGUGGAGUUCAUAAAAAGGAUGCCAAUUGAGCCCAAUGAAAUGGUCUGGCAGACUUUGUUGGGAGCAUGUAGAGUACAUGAAAAUGUUGAGUUGGGGGAGAUUGUAGCUGAGAAGAUCCUUUCAGUUAGGCCAGAAUACUCAGCUACCUAUGUUCUUCUAUCCAACACUUAUAUCGGGACAGGGAGUUAUAAAGAUGGAAUUAGUUUGAGAGAUGUGAUGAAAGACCGAGGUGUGAAAAAGGAGCCAGGUUGUAGUUGGAUUUCUGUGAAAGGUAGAAUCCACAAAUUUUAUGCAGGGGAUCGACAACAUCCAGAAAAGCAUGAGAUAUAUGCGAAGUUAGAAGAACUGAGAGUGAAGCUUAAGUCCAUGGGUUACGUUCCAGACUUGAGUUAUGUAUUGCAAGAUGUGAAUUUGGUUGAAAAUAUGGGGAUUCCUGGAUAAGCUCACAUGAAAACAUUAAUUUUAUAAAUAUAUCCAAUAUUUCUGGUAUAUCUGUUCAAGUAGUGGAACAAAAUUUUUGUGAUCAAGAUAGAUAAAAGCUGCAGCAAAAAAGAGCAAAUGAAUCUUUGGAUGAUGAAAUUGAGGUGCCAUGUACAUUUAAUGAUUUUUUUCCACCUGCUCAGCUCCUCUUUCAGGCUUGGGAGAAGAGCGUCCAGGGUGCAUACAGGCUACAGAUGUAAAACCCAUAAAAUUUCUGUUGAAUGAUCCAAUGAUAUGGUGUUGGGGUUAACAACUGACCAUGAGGGCUGUACAGCUUGGGCAUUUUUGGAGUUGUGGGCUCCUGAACAUAUUCCAAAAUAAUCCAUGCUGAUGUAUAAUAGAAUGUUGAUAUCAUUGUGCAAGUGAUUAUGGUGGA